AUGGCGAGCCCCACUCUGAGCCCCGACUCCUCAUCCCAGGAGGCCCUGUCGGCCCCCACCUGCUCCCCCACCUCUGACUCCGAGAACCUCAGCCCCGAUGAGCUGGAGCUGUUGGCCAAGCUUGAAGAGCAGAACCGGCUCCUGGAAGCCGACUCCAAGUCGAUGCGCUCCAUGAACGGCUCCCGGCGGAACAGCGGCUCCUCGCUGGUGUCCAGCUCCUCGGCCUCCUCCAACCUGAGCCACCUGGAGGAGGACACGUGGAUCCUGUGGGGCCGGAUCGCCAACGAGUGGGAGGAGUGGAGGCGCAGGAAAGAGAAGCUGCUCAAGCUGCUGCUGCACCUGCCGCCCCUGCCGGUGUCCCCACCUCGUGCUGCUCAGAGCCCUGGGGUACCUCAGCCUCCCCCAGAGACAGUGCCACGGGUUGUCAAGGGCAGGCGGGAGCAGCUCCCGGAUCUGAACACCCACUUCCGCUCCCAGAGCUUCCACACAUCUAUGUAUGCCUCGUCCUGGUUCCUCACACUCUUCCUGACCACCUUCCCGCUCCCUGUUGCCACUCGUGUCUUUGACAUCUUCAUGUACGAGGGCCUGGAGAUUGUGUUCCGGGUCGGCCUCGCCCUGCUGCAGGUGAACCAGACGGAGCUGAUGCAGCUGGACAUGGAGGGGAUGUCCCAGUACUUCCAGAGGGUGAUCCCCCACCAGUUCGACAGCUGCCCGGACAAGCUGAUCCUCAAGGCCUACCAGGUCAAGUACAACCCCAAGAAGAUGAAGAGGCUGGAGAAGGAGUACGCAGCCAUGAAGAGCAAGGAAAUGGAGGAGCAGAUCGAGAUCAAAAGGCUUCGGACGGAGAACCGGCUCCUGAAACAACGGAUUGAGACCCUGGAGAAGGAGAGCGCUGCUCUGGCUGAUAGGUUAAUCCAGGGCCAGGUGACGCGGGCGCAGGAGGCCGAGGAGAACUACGUCAUCAAGCGGGAGCUGGCAGUGGUGCGGCAGCAGUGUAGCUCAGCGGCCGAGGACCUACAGAAGGCGCGGAGCACCAUCCGGCAGCUUCAGGAGCAGCAGGACAACCCGCGCCUCACCGAGGACUUUGUGGCCCACCUGGAGACUGAGCUGGAGCAGUCACGGCUGCGGGAGACAGAGACGCUGGGGGCCCUGCGGGAGAUGCAGGACAAGGUUCUAGACAUGGAGAAGCGGAACAGCUCGCUGCCCGACGAGAACAACGUGGCGCGGCUGCAGGAGGAGCUGAAGGCGCUCAAGGUGCGGGAGGGCGAAGCCGUGGCCUCGGCGCGGGAGCUGAAGCUACAGCUGCAGGAGCUCUCGGACACCUGGCAGGCCCAUCUGUCCCGCGGCGGCCGCUGGAAGGAGUCCCCGCGGAAGCUGGUGCUGGGCGAGCUGCAGGACGAGCUGAUGAGCGUGCGUCUGCGCGAGGCCCAGGCUCUGGCCGAGGGGCGCGAGCUGCGGCAGCGCGUGGUGGAGCUCGAGACGCAGGGACAAGGAAGCCUGACGCAGGAGGAUCCUGUACCCUCGAGCCCCGGGGCCGGAGGAGUCCUGGGCGCAGCUGCAGACCUACCUUCUGCAUCGGAACCUCCUCGCAAAGAGGCACAUCUGCGUGGGGCGCGGGAGGCCUUCAGCCGGAGCUACAACCCGCUCGCGCACAGCCUCCAGCACCGGCAGGCCCAGCCCCUCUCGCCGCCCCGCGGUAGACCCCCUAGGCGACUUCGAAGGCGCACAGGCUGCAGCGUCCCGGCUUUUAUUGCAAACUCGGGCAGCGCGUGGUAG